GCUCUUUUCUCUCAACCUCAACAACCUGCCGCAGAAGCGUUCAGACGCCAACGUCACCGCAGUCUCUACCACCAUUCUCCCCCACGAAAAUUCUUCCAAUCUAUAUUCCCCACUCCAAUCAACCAUUCAUCCAUCCUAAACCCAUCGCACCGCAACACAAACCCCUCACCACAGCCCCUCGAGCUCCCCGAGCUCCCACAGCUUCCACCAUGUCCACCUACGAAGUGGAACACAACACCACCGACCCCUCCUCAACCACCACCACCACAGGAACAACAACAACAACCACAACAACCACAACGCACCCGCGCCGCCCCGACCUCUCCAGCUUCUUCGCCACCCUCUCCGAAAUCACCCUGGAUGAAUCGCACAGCACCCACCGGCCGCACGCCGUGCCCGUCCCGCGCGACAUCAGCGCAGCCUUCUACACGCUCGCCGAAGCGUUGAACGUGAUGCGCCGCGACGGGGGCGGGGGCGGAGCCAUCGCCGCGGCGGCGGCAGGUGGGAUCCCCAGCUUCGGGCCGGAGGAUACGGAUACCGACGUCAGCGGGGGCAGCGAGCUGCUGACGGAGAUGAUUGCGUCGUUGUUGCAGUCGGCGGAGCGGCCGCCCAAGGAGGUGGAGGGGGUGAGUGAGGAGUUUUGCGAUGUGCUCGAUCGCGUGCCCAAGACAUCCUUGAACUCGUCGCAGGUCUGUCCGAUUUGCAAUAACCCGUUCUUGGAGGAUCAGUACCCCCUUGUCGUGCGGUUGCCGUGUCAUCCGACGCAUCUGUUUGAUUUGGAGUGCGUGCGGCCGUGGUUGAGGUUGCGGGGAACGUGUCCGCUGGAUCGCACGGAUUUCGCCAAGCAGGAGAGGGACAAGGCGGAGGCCAGGCGGAAGCCGGCGAUGGAUGAUGAGGAGGAGGAGUGGGAUGGCAUGUAUGGUUAGGUUUAACUUACAGAUAGGUGCUGAAUAAUAGGGCAUGGUGUUGCGGAACUAUGCUUUGGAACCGCGAGGCUUGCUGUUGAGCUUGCAUAGAGAC